AUGGCCGGGGUCGUAACACCCGCCGAGGGCGAAGUCUUCAAACGCUUCAAUCCCGAUCUCCAAAAGCGCAAUCUCGAACUGCGGGAACAACGUCUCAAAAACAAUGAGGAAUUCGUCUCCAAGUUAAUCGAGUAUUCCAAAUCAGAUAAACCGGUGUGGAUUGUCGCUGCGGAGGCCGAGAAGAGAGAGAAGGCUGAAAAGUUGGCAAAAGCAGCGGAGCAGGGGACGGAGAGGGAGACUAUCAGGGAGCAGAUGAGACGUGCACAGGCAGAAGGAAAGUAA